AUGAAAUUCGAUUCCUUGUUGAACCCUGAAAAGGCCGUUGACAGUACAGUCGCGUCUGUUGUUGCCCUAGAUGAGUACAGCCGUAGAAUUCAUUCACCAGACAAAGAGCUCUUAUUAGUCCAUAUUUGCCAGACAAAAACUUCCAACGACGACAUCCGUGGUCGCAGUAGUCACGAGGUCUUGGAAAAGCUUCUUGCUGGAGAAGAGCGAGCGAAUGCAAUCAAGGAAGAUUUUAUAGAAAGGGUUCGUAAGAGGCUCAAUGAUUUAUCUGAAGCUCAAAAAGAACCCUCAAAAGAAUUCGCCGCUAGAAAGAAGAUCAAUAUUAUUGGAUUCAAGAUAUUCAUGAUCGACGAAAAGAUCCAAUUGGUGCUAAAAUUGUUUCCUGCGCUCAUAGUGAAGGUUGCGAUUUGA